CAGCCUAAGCAUUACGAAACUUCUAUUAGAUCAAAUAAGCCUCACGUAUCAAAAUAGAAAUGCAUUUUUUUAUAUUGACUAAAUUCGACACUAAAUGUCUCCCAUACAAAAACUCUUCACUUGCUUAAUAAUUAAUUAUUUGCUGAACGUGGAGAGAUUUUGGGCGGAGUAAACCUUCUCGUUUUGCCUCUUCCUCUCCGAUUUGGCUCAAAUAAGAAGAGGCGUGAACGUCGGGUGGCUUUGCUGUUGAACAGGUCAUGUCGGUAAAGAUGGAAAUGGAUGUCAGUGGCGUGUCCAGGACACCCAUCUCUGUUCUACCUGCUGCUGCAGAGGUCAAAGCCAUGCUGAAACCCGAUACAGGGGACAGGCCCCGCUGUGCCAGCACCCCCUGCUCCCCCAUCAAAAGUACUGUUUCAGGCUUCCAGAUUCUCCACAUGGACUCCAACUACCUAGUCGGCUUCACCACCGGCGAGGAGCUGCUAAAACUAGCCCACAAGUGGUCUCCCAACCCAGAGAAGACCCUUAUCACCACACCGACCACCACAACGUCAACAGCAUCAGAGGCCUUGCCCAGUUCUGUCCCCAAACCCAUGGACCUGGGCAUCCACCGGGCGUCGCGCAUUUACAAAGCCAAAAACCGCUACUACCAGCCAUACGACAUCCCCGUGGUCAAUGGGCGCCGGCGUAGGCGCAUGCCCAGCUCAGGUGACCCCUACCUCAGGCCCCUGUCCCAAGGGGAGGGUGGCCCAGGGAGGGCCCUGCACCACGGCCCCCUGCCCCUCUGCCUUCUCAAGGGGAAGAGGGCCCAGUCCAAGUCCCUGGACUACCUCAACCUGGACAAAAUGAGUGUCAAGGAGCCUCCGGCCGACACAGAGGUGCUGCAGUUCCAGCUCCAGCACCUGACGCUGCGGAGCGAGCGCAUGUUCACCAGGAACAAGACAUGAAGCAACACCAGAGUCACCACCCGCCUGUUCUCUCAUCCACUCCCAUGGGAUUUGGGUGCUAUUUCCAGCUGUGCGUUUCUCUCCCUACUCAGAUCAUAGGAUAGUCCUUUAAGGGGACACUUGCGGAGACCACUAAUCUUGUUAUUAUUAUGAAGCGAGGGUGACAAACUAAGCGGGUCUCUUGACGAAAUGAGACGCAUGCUUACGUAUACGUAAAAAUCCAGUGAACAGAAAUUGUUAAGUUAGUACACUGAAAACGGGGGUCGUUUAGAUACAAAAAUGUGAAGUUCGUCAGGAUUAGCAAUAACUGGUAAACGUAUUUAUUGACUGUGUGUGUGAGUGUGUAUGUGUGUGCGCGCGCACCUUUUUAAAAAUGGUAAGGGAUGUGUAACCAAUGCCUCUCCAACUGGCCCCUUUUAUUCUGCAUUGGACUGCACUGUUAGACAUAUUAUGUUUUUACAGACCUUGCAUCCUCAACUACAGGACACCUUUACUUUUUAACCACUAUACAUCCAUAGCCAUUAGCAUUAGCCGCAGCAGUACUGCACUCUACAUCCAUAGCAAUUAGCAUUAGCCCCAGCAGCACUGCACUAUACAUCCAUAGCCAUUAGCAUUAGCCGCAGCAGUACUGCACUCUACAUCCAUAGCAAUUAGCAUUAGCCCCAGCAUCACUACACUCUACAUCCAUAGCAAUUAGCAUUAGACCCAGCAGUACUGCACUUUACAUCCAUACCAAUUAGCAUAAGUUCCAGCAGUACUGCGCUAUACAUCCAUAGCAAUUAGCAUUAGCCCCAGCAUCACUACACUCUACAUCCAUAGCAAUUAGCAUUAGCCCCAGCAGUACUGCACUAUACAUCCAUAGCAAUUAGCAUUAGCCUCAGCAGUACUGCACUUUACAUCCAUACCAAUUAGCAUUAGCCCCAGCAGUACUGCACUUUACAUCCAUACCAAUUAGCAUAAGUUCCAGCAGUACUGCGCUAUACAUCCAUAGCAAUUAGCAUUAGCCCCAGCAUCACUACACUCUACAUCCAUAGCAAUUAGCAUUAGCCCCAGCAGUACUGCACUAUACAUCCAUAGCAAUUAGCAUUAGCCUCAGCAGUACUGCACUUUACAUCCAUACCAAUUAGCAUUAGCCCCAGCAGUACUGCACUUUACAUCCAUACCAAUUAGCAUAAGUUCCAGCAGUACUGCGCUAUACAUCCAUAGCAAUUAGCAUUAGCCAAAACAGUACUGCGCUAUACAUCCAUAGCAAUUAGCAUUAGCCCCAGCAGUACUGUAUGUAAGCUACUGUAUGUCUGUAUGUGUGUGGAUGUAUAGGGGCGGCAGGUAGCCUAGUGGUUAGAGUGUUAGACCAGUAACCGAAAGGUUGCUAGAUCAAAUCCCCGAGCUGACGAGGUAAAAAAAAGUCUGUCAUUCUGCCCCUGAACAAGACAGUUAACACAACUGUUCCUAGGCCAUCAUUGUAAAUAAGAAUUUGUUUCUUAACUGACUUGCCUAGUUAAAUAAAGUUUUUUUUUUUUUUAUGUGAAAGCUCACUCCGCUACACUACUAUUUUGCUCUUGCCAAGCACCAGGGAAAUGUGGGUUUAAUGUAAACCACUGACUGUUACACAAUCAAAAGGUUAUUUAAAACAGAAUCCUGUAAAGGGGCAAUCUGCGGUUACUGCAUCCAUUUUUGGACUUAUAAAUUGAUGAUACUCAUUGAUUCUUGAAGAAUAUAACUUUUAAAUGCCUCAUGAGCUUUACUUCAACUGUCGUAGCCCAUCAGAACUUAAAAUAUAUGCUUGUUUUACUCCACUGUUUGUAAACAGUAAAUAUAAACAAACACUAUAUAUAUAUCCUCAAAACAUGGUUAAAACUAUCAUUUUCCUAUCAUUGGUGGUCAGUCCUUGCAUUCAUAUCUAUGAAUUUGAGUGUGGUUACAUUUCUACAGCCCUAUCCCUCCGCUUUUUACCGAAACAGGGGCGGGGGAAACGCUUUGUUAUUGCUUCAACUGCUGAUUGCUGCUCUAAGAGGAUUUGUGGGGGAGCGGCUUACCGUCAGAGUGCCUGAGGUGAGAUUAGCUCCUUAUAUACAGAAUUAAUCCCCUCACUCCAUUUCUCCCAGUCAGACUGAAUCCUCAGCAGGGGUGAGGGGUUGAAUUAGGAGAUUCCAGAUUUUCUGCAUCUAGACGUUGUGUCCAUCAUUCUGAAUCACAGUCAUUCUUUUCAUUUCCUGAAUGGGAGGGAUGGGUGUUUUAGCCUGGGUAAAAGGUUAUCAAUUUAGUUUGAUGUUUUUGCCACCCCUUCAUAAAGGUGUGUAGAGCACCUGAAACACGUACCGUAGCUAUGGAAACCAAAGGAGGAUUAUUUUGGGGUGCCCUGGGAAAACUUGACCACAUUUUAAUAUGAUCUAUUUGGGGUUUCGUAGGACACGUGACAAUCAUUUUGAGGCGUAAUCUUGGAGAACACCUUACUUGAAGUAGCCCUGACCUAAUGCCCUCAUAACAAAAUCAUUUGCAUGAUAUAAAUGAUCUGAUAGUCUCUUACCAAUGACAAUUUACCUAUCAUAAGCCAUAUGACAUGCAAUGGUAACUAUACACUGAGUGAACGAAACAUUAAGGACACUUUACUAAUAUUGAGUUGUCAACACAUGACAGUAAAGUGCACCAUCUCAUGACUAUACAAUUCUGGUCUUUCUCAAUACUGUAAUUCACCAAGCGACCAAAAUUGUAACAUUUUUUGGAAAGAUCACCUUCCUUUCCUCCAGACAUGCAAAACUACAACUAGGCAGGGUAUUGGUCCAGACAUUUACACUGAGUGUAGAACAUAUUAAGAACACCUUCCUAAUAUUGAGUUGCACCCCCUUUUGCCCUCAGAACAGCCUCAAUUCGUUGAGGGUGUGGACUCUAGAAGGUGUCAAAAGCGUUCCACAGGGAUGCUGGCCCAUGAUGACUCCAAUGCUUCCCACAGUUGUGUCAAGUUGGCUGGAUGUCCUUGGGGUGGUGGACCAUUCUUGAUACACACGUGAAACUGUUAAGCGUGGAAAAUCCCAGCAGCGUUGCAGUUCCUAACACAAACCGGUACACCUGGCACAUACUACCAUACCCCAUUUAAAGGCACUUAAAUUUUUUGUCUUGCCCAUUCACCCUUUCAAUGGCACACAUACACAGUCCAUUCCUCAAUUGUCUCAAGGCUUAAAAAUCCUUCUUUAACCUGUCCCCUCCCCUUCAUCUACACUGAUUGAAGUGGAUUUAACAAGUGACAUCAAUAAGGGAUCAUAGCUUUCACCUGGAUUCACCUGGUCAGUCUGUCAUGAAAGACCAGGUGUUCAUAAUGUUUUGUACACUCAGUGUACAUGUAUAUGCCAUAUCAUGCAUUAUAUGGUUUGGUGUGACUUUCAAAUUCUACUAUUAUGGGUUUAAGCUCUUUUUCAUCAUGCUUCUCUUUUCCACGCUAACCUCUUUGUGUCAUAGGACAAGAAAAUAACCUCCAAAAACCAUACAAGGAAAUAUUUUCAAAGUUAGGAACUGCACAUCCAUCUCCUCUGUGUGUUCUCCAUUGUGUUUGUGUCAGUGUAGUUUGAGUAAAAGGUUAUUGGACCCUUCUAGAUGGUUCAUGGGUUAGGGUUAGUCACCUGUCUGUCUUCACUCUAAAUGGGUUUACAGAAAUUGCUUAAUCUGUAUUUCCAUUAAAAAAAGGUGUUUAAUGUAACUAUAUCAUUAUUUAUUUUUUAUAUCAUUUUUUAUUUCUAGUUGUAAUUUAUCUGAAGUCAUGGAAGAUAUUGGUUUAAUAUAAAAAUGGCAGUAUGUUGCAUAUAGGCUAUGUUUACCUGGAGUGGACACUUAAAGGCACCUUAACCCGACGUAUGAACGGUGAUGUGUACUUAUUUAAGGGUGCAGAUCACAACAGCAGCUAAAGAUAAAAACUCUUAACGGUGAUAUGUUUUCACCAAACACUUGGAAAUGUUCUCUGGUGAAAUAUAUUCGGUAUUAUCAAUAACCGUCAACAAUUUGCUCACAGAUGUGACUGUGUUUGCAGUGAAUUUUUGGUGGCUUCUUAGUUGUGAUGUUUAGAAUGUGUUGAUUUAACAGUUUAACCUUAACAGUGUUCGUACCGCAUCAUAUUAAUAGUAUACAGUAGAAAUUAACAGUUUUACUUUGGCCAUCAUGAAGGAAAAUGCUACUUGAACAACACAUGUUUUAAUAUGCCAUACAAUGCAAGAUAUUGUAAGACUGUGUCAGUUCUAAACAGGAAUAUCCAAUGCAUUAUGGGAAUUAAUAAUAGACUACAGUAAUUCUGGACUGAGAUGCCCGUUUAUUAGAGAAUCUCCAUUGAACAUGGUUUUUAGGCCAGGACUGUUCUUAAUCUGUGAUCUGGAAACCGGCCCUCGAUGUUCACAGUAAAGCAUUGUCUUCAUGAUUACAAUGUGGGUUGAAACGUGAUAUUUUCCUGCAUGACCAUUAACCACAACAAUGGAACAAGGAAGUUGCAUCGCAGGUCAACAGUGCUUUUCAGUGACUCAUUUUGACUUCAUGUUCAUAGGCUUGUGUGGAACUUUGUCAUUUUAUUCCUACAAAAGGUUUAUUGUCAUUUUGACUUUCUGGUCAAAUCUUUCACACCGCUUGUAUACUGUAGUUUUAGCUACGUAAAAGCAUUUGUUUUGUUUUCUACUGUGUCUAUUUAUGCCCUGCAAUGCGACUGACUUACGUUUUAUUAUCUUUCACUUGACAUUGUUAUUAAAACACUACUACGCUA